GAGGUGGCAUCAAAAGGAGGAGCCCUGAGCUAGCUGGGAUGCAGAGCAUCAAGUGUGUGGUGGUGGGCGACGGAGCCGUGGGCAAGACCUGCCUCCUGAUCUGCUACACGACCAACGCCUUCCCCAACGAGUACAUCCCCACCGUCUUCGACAACUACAGCGCCCAGAACACGGUGGACGGCAGGACGAUCAACCUCAACUUGUGGGACACGGCCGGCCAAGAGGAAUACGACCGCCUCCGGACGCUCUCCUACCCGCAGACCAAUGUCUUCAUCAUCUGCUUCUCGAUUGCCAGCCCCUCGUCCUACGAGAACGUCAAGCACAAGUGGUACCCGGAGGUGUGCCACCACUGCCCUGACGUGCCCAUCCUCUUGGUGGGCACCAAGAAGGAUCUCCGGGCCAACCCCGAGGCCUUGAAGAAGCUGAAAGAGCAGAACCAGCUUCCCGUCACCACGCAGCAAGGCCUUAGCCUCUCCCGGCAGAUCCACGCCGUCAAGUACUUGGAGUGCUCUGCGCUCAACCAGGAGGGGAUCAAGGAGGUCUUCACAGAGGCUGUGAGAGCCGUCCUCAACCCCAUGCCAGCCAAGCCCAAGAAACCCUGCGUGCUCUUGUGA